CGCCAUUAUGGAGUCGGUACUACCGCAGAUUGAAGACCUCACUGGCGACGUGGACGAUUUGCAGUCCGCUCUCCAGCCAAUCCUUCAGAGCGCACUUUCCGCGAGCACCUCGAAGUUACCACUACUCGACAAAGCCAAACUCUACGUCUUGGCCACUUACGCGAUUGAGUCGAUACUAUUCUCGUACUUGCGACUGAACGGUGUAGACGCGAAGAACCAUCCCAUCUUCCAGGAACUGAAUCGCGUCAAGGAAUACUUCAACAAGAUCAAGAAUGUCGAAGCAGUCGCCAGUGGACCGAGCGCGAGAUUAGACACGAACGCUGCAGGUCGCUUCAUCAAAGCUGGACUAUCGGGGAAUGACAAAUACGACGCUGACAGGAAGGAGAGGCGAGGGCGAGAACGAGCUGGCGCGAAGCGGAAGUUGGAGGGGAUCGGCGUCGGUAAGCACACGAGAUUUGAUGGCAUCGCGAAGAGAAUUAAGGCGCAAGAAGAGACUGUCAACGUCGUCAAGGCUAGCGACGUGGACUCGGAAGACGGAGCUGUUGGUGUGAGUGGACAAUCCACGCCUGCGAAGACACCUGCGAAGACACCUGCGAAGAAGGAGAAACUGGAUCUGGCGAGUGUUAUUCGGAAGAUUACUGAGCUUGAAGCCAAAGGAGCCGAAAAUACACUAUCAGAUGUCGAUGUGAAGUCGCUGAAAAAGCUGAGGAAGCGCAGAAAGAAGCUUGGUGGGGAGUGAUCCUGUGUCCAUUCCUCGACCACACAUACGAUACUUUGGCUCUGGAGUAGAGCACGGCGGCAUCUUUGGCUUCGACAUUUCAUGGCGUUCAAUGCGGCUUUGCAUGAUACCCCGGAUCUGGUGCUUGUUGCCUUUUUGUAUGUAGCAUGAAUCGAUGCUACUUUUGGGUUC